AUAGACUCUACCCUCAGCCUUGAAAAACCGAGGGUGUAAUGGCUGAAAGCAAGGAAAAUCGUGAAGCAGUCCUCACAUGUCCGAUAUGUGUGGAAACAUUCCGCAAACCAGUAAUGUUACCUUGUCAGCACAGUUUUUGUAGAGAGUGUAUUGGUGUGUAUGCUGACAAAUCUAAACCUGGACAGACAGAUGAGGUCUCCACGGGGAGUGAGGGUGUUCACCAGCUGAUCUCAUGCCCUGUAUGUCGGACACCAACCAGUCUGGGGAGAGAAGGUGUGGCUGGCCUGCCUCACAACUUUCAUCUGGCAGAAAUAGUGGAGAGGUUCUCUUCUGCUGUGAAGUUUGAGGAUGAUACCCCAUGUUGUUCUCUGUGUGAGGAGGAUAAUCAGGCUAAAGCUGUCAAGUUUUGUACCGACUGUUGUUUACUGUAUUGUAAAGACUGUCUGGUUUCUCUUCAUCCCAUGAGGGGGGCUAUGAAACGUCACCGGCUGAUUUCCUCCCUGGAGUACCUCUCUCAGGAAACCACACAGCGACAGACCAGCAGCAGGGACGAACAAUCAACUCAGCAAGCGUCAUGUGCGAGACAUGGUCAGCCGUUCAUGAUGUACUGUGAACCGUGUCGGAUGGUGAUCUGUGUGGGGUGUGUGGUUGAGCAUCCGGGACAUGCUAUGCGGGAUAUACCAUCUGCAGCUGAGAAUGACAAGCCAGCUGUUUUAAACAAGAGUGGUGAACUGGAGAAAGUGCUAAAAGAAACCAAAGAAUCACUGUCAGGAGUUACGAGGCUGCACAAUAAGAUACUGGAAAACAAGGAACUUCACAUUGAAGAGGUAGAAAGGGCUUAUUGUGCAGCCUUGGAAUCCUCACACGCCUGGAAACAACAGUCCUUAGAUGGCAUAGAAAUCCGCUAUUCACAGUGGAGUGUGGAGUGUAGCGCUAUACUCAAACAUUUCCAGCUACAGGCUCAGAAAAUGGAGAGGAUGGUACAGGCUUCCAAGGAUUUAGUAGCGUCAUUGGACGUCGAGUUUUUACAGGUUUCCACGGACUUCACCAAAACGUAUGUAUAAAUAUGUUAUACCUCUCUAGGUUUGUUAUACAUGUGAACAUGUCAGCAGAUGUGUUUCUGUAACACUGAGUACCAGCACUGUAGUUGUUCAAAACAUAACCCAAGUGUAAAAUAUAUCUAGUGUUCAAACAUACAUUUGCUCAGACAAAUCAGACGUAACCUGCUAGGUAUAUCAUGACAUUUUCAUAACUGUGC